AUGAAUAUCACCAGUAAUGAUUUAUAUCUCUGGUCAACAUCAAUUGAUACUAUUGAACAGUAUGAAAUCUAUUUAGAAACUAAAGAUUUCUCUUUAUCGAAAUGGACAUUUUAUAAUUGUACAUUGCCAAGAUUUGGAUCAAAGUGUCAAUAUGAAUUUUCUUUUUAUCAUGAGAAUUAUUCAUCAUUAUAUGAAAUGAUCUAUGAUUAUUAUUUUAAUUUUACUGAUACUGGAAACCAAUUAACUUGUUAUACUCAUUUAAAAUGUCAUCGAGGCUUGCCGCCAGCUUGUUUAGAUUGGACGGAAAUAUGCGAUGGUAAGGUUGAUUGUCUUGAUGGAAAUUUUGAUGAAGAACAUUGUUGGCAGCUUGAAUUAAACGAAUGUCAAUCGAAUGAGUAUCAAUGCAAUAUGGGUCAAUGUAUACCUUAUGAAUUUGUUCGAGAUGAUCGAGAAUGUUUUGAUUGUAUUGAUGGAUCUGAUGAGGAACAUGGAGUACGAAAUGAUGUAGCAUUAGUACGUGAGCCUGAACCUUCAUUCGGAUAUGAUGAUAUCAGAUGUGAAACAGAUUUUCUAUCACGAUCGUGUGAAAUCAAUCGGCAUUUUCUUUUAUCGAAAUCAAUGUUUUCAGUUAAAGAUAAUUCAGUAACAGAUGAAUGUUGGUCAGCUUUGAAAUGUUAUUUUGGUUUGUUAGAUUCUUCCAUAGAUAACGAUAUUAAUGGUACAUGUAUACCAAUGAUAAAGAAGACUUGUCCAGACAUGUUAUAUGUUCCUAAUGUUCCAGUCUUUUUCGGACAUAUUUAUACUGCUUACAAGAAAGAUGAUAUUCAAUCUAUUGAUGAUUAUACCUUGCCUUAUUUAUGCUCAAAUAGAUCUUUUCAUUUUGGAUCACUUGAUCUGAUAUCAGAUGUAUCAAUGAAAAAUACGAAGUGUUUUAAAAUCUCGCGAUUCGACGAUUGGUGGACAAAACAUGGAUCUACUUGGUAUUUUCGAUAUUUCUUACCCAUAACUGAUAUCUAUAAUCAACUAAAAGAAAUGAAUCCAAUAAUUAAUUUCCCUGUGAAUCGAUGUAAUCAAUCAAAUAUAUAUCAAUGCAGAAAUUCAUCGAAAUGUAUUUCAUUUCAUCGACUGAUCAAUGACAUAUCUGAUUGUCCAUAUUUCGAUGAUGAAGAUAUUUCUGAAAAUACAAAUUCUCAGUUAUUUGUACGAUUGAAACAUAAAUUUUAUAAAUGUCAUUUUACGAAUCGAUAUAUUCUUCUAACUGCAAUUGAAGAUGGAAAAUGUGAUUGUGGAUAUCUUGACAAAUCGUUUUGUGAAGAUGAAAGUAAAUACAAAACAUUCGUCCUUAAAACGAUAUCUUUUCAAACAAUUUGCGAUCAUUUUCACGAACUAUAUCCAGUUACAAUUGAUGGACAAAAACAAACAGAUGAAAGUGAAUGUGAACAAUGGGAAUGUGAUAAUAUUUACACUCAUUGUGAUGGAAUUUGGAAUUGUUUCGAUGGAAAAGAUGAAAACAAUUGUGAUUCAUUCUCAGAUUUCUUUUCUUGUUCUUCACAAUAUCGAAUAUGUGUAACACGAGAUACAUCUGAAUUUACUUGUCUACCAAUGAGCCAAAUGAACGAUGGUGAAGUCGAUUGUCUCGGCGGUACUGAUGAAAAGAAACUUUGCCAAUUCGAUUCAUCAGGAACCGAUAUUGGUGGAUUUCAGUGUAUGAUUAAUGGUAUUUCAACAUGUCUUCGGCUUUAUCGAUUAUGCAAUGAUCAAAAAGAUUGUUCAUACGGAGAUGAUGAACAAUUUUGUUUAAAAAAUCGAUCACUUCCGAUGUUACGCGAAGUGUGUGAAGUUACCGAUCCAAUAUUAACUUCCAAUGUCGAAAAAUUCCUUUGUAAUACGACAGCAAAACGAACAAAACGACAAACGAAACAAUUCACAAUCACAGGAUUUCAUGAAACAUCUGCAAAUGAAGAGAAUACAAACAAAUUCUCUUCUGCCAUACUUUUCCAUGAUGAUCAUUCAAUUCGACCUGACAAACGUCGUUGUCUUCGUGGUGUUGAUCUACGCGUUUGGUUAAACCAUUCAUCAAAUCAUUUCACAAGUACGUGUCUCUGCCCACCAAAUUAUUACGGAAAUCAAUGUCAAUAUCAAAAUCAACGUGUCAGUUUAGUACUUCGAUUUAAAGUUUCUGCUCAAUCCAGACAAACUUUAUUUGCAAUUAUAAUUAUGUUGAUUGCUAAUACAAAUCAACGAACGAUCCAUUCAUAUGAACAAUUCACUUAUUUAUCAAUUCGAGAUUGUCAAACGAAAUUUAAUCUUUAUCUGUUUUAUUCCACUCGACCAAAACCAAUCAAUCAAACAUAUUCAAUACAUAUUGACAUUUAUGACAAAACUUCUCUUCAAUAUCGUGCAAGUUUCUCUUACUCAGUCAACUUUUCAUUCUUACCAGUUCAUCGUCUCGCUUUUAUUGUCAAUAUUCCAUUUGAGAAUGAUCGUGAGAUUUGUUCAAAUAAGCAAUGUCUCCAUGGAACAUGUACGAACUAUUUGAAUACAAAGAAAACAUUUUGUCAAUGUGAACAAGGUUGGUCUGGAGAGUAUUGUCAUAUAUCACACAACUGUAAUUGUUCACCAAAUUCAUUAUGUGUUGGUAGUCUCAAUGACAAUCGAUCGAUUUGUGUCUGUCGAGAGAAUUAUUUCGGUUCUCGAUGUUAUCUUCGUUAUCGAAUCUGUGACAAAUUCUCAUGUGAAAAUGAUGGUUUAUGUGUUCCUCAUGAUGAUUUUAUGUUAUCAUCAACGAAUCACAAAUAUUUUUGUAUUUGUCCAAAAGGUUUUAGUGGAAAUCGAUGUCAGUUCGCUGAUAGUGAAAUCAAUUUGAUAUUUGAUAAAGACAUUCACUUAUCUCAUUCAGUUUUUAUUCAUUUCCUCAGAAUUAUUCUACUUAGUCCACUGCGAGUCAUACCCAAAGCAUCACCACAGCGAUCGACAACAUUACAAACAGUUUCUCAACCGACGAAUUCGAUUCGAAUUUACUGGGCACAUCCGUUUCAUCUCACUUUCAUCGAGACAUUAGAUAGAAAUUAUUACCUCACUGUUCUUCUACCAAUUUUUAAUUAUUCGAUAAGAAUAACACGACAAAUUCAUUCGUCACAUCGAUGUCCAUCGAUAAAUGAAUUAACCAACGAAACAUUUGCUCAAUUACAUGUUCUUCGACGAAUUAAAUCUUAUCAUUUGAUAUGUCAGAGAUAUUCUUCUGACUUACAUUGUUUUUAUGAUGAUCUUCAUCUUUGUUUGUGCUAUGAUUUUCAAGGAAGACGCUUAGCAAAUUGUUUUGAAUUCGAUCAUCAAAUGAAAUUUGAUUGUUAUGGUCAAAAUCAUUGUGAAAACAAUGGUCAAUGUUUUCAAGAUUCUCCCGAUUGUCCUAAACGAUCAUUAUGCGUUUGUCGUUCGUGCUAUUAUGGCAAUCGUUGUCAAUUUACGACAAAUGACUUUGGUUUAUCUCUCGAUGCCAUUCUAGUUUAUCAUAUCAUUCAUAAUGUAGAUAUUUUCCAUCAAACUUCAAUGAUUAAGAUAAGUUCUUCAUUGACAAUUCUAUUUCUAAUGAUUGGGUUACUUAAUGGAAUUAUUUCAUUGAUCACAUUUAAGAAUAAAAGUGUACUGAAGGUCGGCUGUGGAAUUUAUUUAUUCGGUUCAUCGAUAACGACAAUCAUAACGAUGAUUUUCUUGGGAUUGAAAUAUUUCAUUUAUCUUUCAAUACAAAUGUCCACAAUAUCAAAUCGAAUAUUUCUUCAAAUGCAAUGUUAUUCACUAGAUUUUCUCCUUCAAAUAUGUUUAAAUAUGGAUCAAUGGUUAAAUGCGUGUGUUUCGAUAGAACGAGCCAUAACAGUUAUUCAAGGUAUUCGAUUCGUUAGGAAGAAGAGUAAACAAUUUGCUAAAAAGGUUGUCAUUGGUCUUUUGAUCUUAAUUGUGUUAACAUCACUUCAUGAUCCGAUUUAUCGAAGAUUAUUUGAAGAAAAAAAUGUAACUGAUGAAGAGAAAAAACGAAUCUGGUGUAUUGUGAAAUAUUCUUCAAAGUUACAAAUUUAUAAUCGAGUUGUGAAUACAUUUCAUUUCUUCGUUCCAUUUCUUCUCAAUUUGACUUCAUCCGUUCUUUUAAUCAUUGAAACAUCUCGUCAAAAACUUCGUCUUAGCAGAGAUCAAACACCUAAAGAAGUAUUACAUGAACAAAUUCAUGAACAUCAACAUUUAUUAAUCGCACCGAUUGUCUUAUUUCUUCUUGCUUUGCCACGUUUAAUUCUUUCAUACAUAUCAAAAUGUAUGAGUUCACCGAAAGAUUCUUAUCUCUUUCUUUCGGCAUAUUUCAUUUCAUUUCUCCCCGCUAUGAUGAUAGUUUUUAUCUUUAUUUUACCAUCGCAAUUUUAUAGAAACGAAUAUCAAAAGAGUAUUUCACAACUUCGAACUCGAAUUCAACAACACUUUCGGCAAACAAAUUAG